AUGUGUGUCUUCGUCUGAGUAAAGACUUUACUACCAACACUCCUUUGCAAAUAGAAAAAGUUUGUGAUGAUGACGAUCUUUUAUUAGCUUCGCAGACAGAUCAUGAAGUCACGCGACGGAUUUUAAAUGAAUUUAAAUUACAGUGAUGUGAUGUUCAGAAAUGUGUCCAUGAGAAUACAUGACAAACACCGCAAGAGGGGAUUGAAAGGGAAGGCGGAGAAAGAUCUAAAGAAUUUAAAAAGAAAGCACUUCGAAGCAGUUAAAUCAGCUAUACAGAACGGCUUUAAACUAUGACCAUGUCAUGCCUUGUUAAUUUGCGUAAUGCGUAUUCAAUGAUAUAGGUGCACGGCCGAGUUGGAGAACGGCACAUAUGGCUAUAAAACAAGAACAGAUCUGCUGGUCUGGGGAAGAGCUUAGGAGAAGAAUAAUUAAUAAUGUAUAAUUUAUGCCCAUUGAAUACACAAACGUCUGGUGCCCGUGAAAUGCGUUGUUGAGGUAUCUGCUAUGCCGUCCAUAAUUAACCUUGGUUGGGGACCCUCAAAGGAACGUGCAAAAUGGACUUACACAAGUGCACGCUGGUGUUUUUAGGUAUUGUCCAGCUGGUUUCUGGCCGUGAUGAGAACAUUGUUCAUAUCGAUCUACAAAGAGCAAUAGUGAAGGGUUACAGCCCGUACAUACACUUUCUGCAAACGCCCACAAACGUGCAAACCUGGUCCAAGGGUGCUUGUGACAGUCAAGCAGUCGUCAAGGUGGACUUUUCUGGACCAUUCAAAGGAGCUGAGCUCCACCUUGACUAUGCAAAGAGCCCUCGUCUGUGGACCCUGGAUAUUUCAGACUCUGCUACAGGGGAUGGAUAUGGAGGGGACGACGGCACGACCAGCAAUAUGGCCGAGCUGCAAAUACACAACCGGCAGAUGCGCAUCUACGGCAACAGUCUACCAGGCUUUAUGGACGCCACUAGUGACGGUGGACUUCUUAUACGUACAAUAGACGACUUUGCAGCGAAAGGAUCCAAGGCGAAAAUAAAAAUCAGUGACGAGAGAGUUGAUUGGUCAAGGGGUAAAUUAAAAGACUUUUUGUCGUCAAAGUUUCUAUAUACUUUAAAUGGCCAGCAGCCAGUGUAUGGCACCAAGGACUACGACGUUUACUUUGGAUUUAAUAGGGUUGUUGCAGGGAAUUUCAGAAAUGGAUCUGGGCUGUGUUCUGUGUCUCUCAAAUUGAUAUCAUAUCCAGGCAAUGAAUGUGAAAAGGGGACGUUAACAUGUCACAAGGACGCAACUUGUAUCGACGCCGUGCGGACGUCGAGGUGUAGAUGUCAGGAUGGCUUCUAUGGUGACGGCCAUAUUAAAUGUUACGACAUUAACGAGUGUCAGAACAACAAUGGGGGUUGUGUGCACUUCUGCGAGAAUACCCAGGGCAACUACACAUGCCGUUGCCGGGAGGGCUUCCAGGUCGACAGAGACCGCAAGGACUGCAUAGACCUGAACGAGUGCUUUGAGGAGAAGGGUGGCUGCCAACACCAGUGUGUCAACACCAUGGGCGGGUACGAAUGUCGCUGUAACCAAGGCUACUCGCUCGAAUCUAAUGGCAAAUCCUGUAAAUUGGGGACGUAUUGUCAGAGGCGACAGGGCUGCGAACAUUCCUGCACAACUACACAGCAGGGCAGUGUUGUUUGCACGUGCAGGCACGGGUACAACCUACAUUCCAACGGCAAAAACUGUGUUCAGACGUGUAUGGUGGGGAACGGCGGAUGCCAGCACAACUGUACGGAUGCGGGGAGCGGGGUGCGGUGUAGCUGUGCCAACCACUACUUACUCACCAGUGAUAACCACACGUGCAUAGCGACGUGUAUGGUGAACAAUGGUGGGUGCGAGCGGAAGUGUAAAGACACGCCGAGCGGUCCGAUCUGCUCGUGUCCGGACGGCUUUGAGCUUCACCAGGAUGGCAAGAGCUGUCUAGAUAUUGACGAGUGUGCGUCUGAGAACGGAGGCUGCAGUCACGAGUGUGUGAACCUAGAGGGCGGUUACGAGUGCGUCUGUCCACCCGGAUACAAGGUCCAGCCGCACGACAAAACCUGCAAAGACAUAGACGAGUGUGAUGCCCGGGGCACAUGUGACCACCUGUGCCUGAACACGCCGGGCAGCUAUCUGUGUGCCUGUAAUGACGGCUACGAGCGGUACGGGAUAUCGCAUUGUGCAGACAAGGACGAGUGCUCUGACAACAACGGUGGUUGUGCGCACAGCUGUGUGAAUACGAACGGGAGCCACAUCUGCUCGUGUAACGAGGGCUAUACACUUUUCUCAAACAGCAGGGACUGUGUCCCGGACAACAAGUGCUACAUGAUCCAGGAGCCCCCAGGGGGCUCGAUAACGUGUAAGGAUCGCGGGAAGAGCUUGGUCUGCACUUACAAAUGUUCCCGGAAGGGCCGUUUCGUCAGUGACACGAACUUUACAGAGAUCACAACAUUCUGCGGCCCUGAAACCAAGUAUAAGUGGGACCACGAAACAAAAAAUACUACUCUGCCGCCGUGUUCGUCUAAACUACAGUCCCCGAAUGUUGGGAAGACUGUUGUAUUUCAGUUUCCAUCUAAACGAUGUAAAAGACGAAAUAAGGUGAAAAUGAAGCUCUCCGAAACUUUGACUGAAAUUUUAAAUGGUGAUAAAAGAUACAAGUGCGACGGCAAAUGUCGGGUUUCUGAAAUGCCUGUCUUGAAAUGCAGGCGUCUUCGGGCCACGACGCGUCCGUACUCGCCGUAUGUCGUCACCGUCGGGUUUGACAUCUCCUUCAGAGGGAGGGCCAAACUGAAAAAAAAUUGUGAUGUUAAAUGUGUGAUGAAAAAAACUGAGAGGAAACUGAAACGAGUCAUCAAAAAGUUAAGACGCGUUAUAAAGAAGGAUGAAUUCAAAUUAACUUAUUCCGGUAGCGAAUACACGGCGCUAAAAAAGAAGUUCAAGAGUCCCCGCGGCAGUACCCUCUCCUGUGAGCCCAACAGCAUCCUCUUCGCGGACACAUGUGUUGGUUGCGCCCUCGGCCACUAUUAUGACCGGAAGAUGCGUAAGUGUGCGCCCUGUCGACCGGGGUUCUACCAGGACGAAGAAGGGAUGUACGCCUGCAAGCCCUGUUCACAAGACCCACAGAACGCUGGCAUACACGCAGCCGUCAGUGAGGAACAAUGCACUGUUCAGUGCGAGCCAGGCCAGUACUCUGAGAGCGGGUUCAAACCGUGCAAGCCAUGUCCCGUGGGGACAUACCAGCCAGGGUACGGGCGCCUCACCUGCCAGGCAUGUGACGGUGGGAUCGAUACCAAGGGCCCAGGAGCCGUCACGUUCGAGAGCUGUCUUGCUAAAGAAAUAUGUCGCCCUGGUCACUACUUUCGGUCAUCGAGGGACUCGUGUGUGUCAUGUGAGCGGGGCUUCUAUCAGCCGAACAGCGGUCAAAACUAUUGCAUCCGGUGUCCAGGCCGCACCACCACUGACACAGACGCGGCGACGGAUGUCGCCCAGUGCAAAAGUCACGAGUGUGGGGCGGUGUUCAGCAAGGACGGAUUCGAGGGUGUCAUAGAGUCGCCAAACUACCCCGGUGACUACCCUACCAACGUGACGUGCGUAUGGAAAAUUCGGCCCGCCAAGGACCGUCGCAUCCUUGUCAUUAUACCACAGGUUUCCCUGCCUAAGGCCGACAAGUGCGGGGAUAAACUCGUCAUGAGGAAGUCCAAGAACGAAUUCAGUACGGUAUCGUGGGAGACGUGUGAGACGGACCAGCGGCCCAUCGCGUUCACGGCUCGCUCGAAGCGUCUGUGGGUCCAGUUCACCUCUGACGGACAGAACACCGCCCGCGGAUUCUCAAUACCAUUUGUCACCUACAACUACGACUAUGAGCGUUUGAUAGAAAGCAUUGUACAAGACGGUCGCCUGUAUGAGUCGUUCCAGCACCAAUCAGUUCUAAAGGACCGGAAACUGCUGACAGAGCUGAUGCGCGUGAUCGCCAAGCCGGAGAAAUAUUUCCAGUACGACCGGAACAUGACGGAGUCCCUACUGCCAAGGUCGUUCAUUAAGCUACUCCGACGCAAGGUCAUACGAUUUUUCAGUCCGUAAACGUCUGGGAAGGUUAUACUUCAGAAAACGUUGAAUAUGCGAAGCUGUGAUGAAAAUAGACGAAAGAUGUGAAGAUAAUGAAGUACUCUUGCGUGAUUCAACUCGUCAUUGGGAGUUGUACAGAUCAAACACUGACCAAUACAUUGUUGCCAUGUGUUUUAAACAUAUGUGUGUAUAUGUUUACCUUUAAGGCUGAAAAAUGAAGGUGUGAUGAUGACGUAUUAAUGACGUAUUGAUGAGGUGUUGAUGACGUGUAUUAAGGGGCAUAAUGGAGCCACGAAGUGAAUUGUGUACUAUAUUAUUAAGUAAUUUACAAAACCAUACUGACUAUUGACUGCUUUGGCUUUGUGUUAUCUUGACUGUAUCAUGAAAAAAUGGCGAUUGCGAAAUA